UUGAGUGUCAGUGGUUUUGAUUGCCUAAUGUUAAAUGUUACAUAAACAUUUCAAAAUAAUUUAAAAAAUAACCACCUCAACUCCUCGCUCAACUCACAAAGUAAAUUUUCAUAAUUGCUUGAAACUUGAACUUUGUUAAGGAAAUAAAUAUAAAGUAAAGCCCCAAUUCAGUACAUCCAAGGAAAUAUUUGAUAGCCAAAGUUAUUUUGAGUGCUUCGAUUCGACGACAGAUUAUAAUUAAACUGCGUUUUUCAUGCUCGACACAAACACCCAUAAAGUUUAGUAAGCAACAUGUCGUUCCCAACGAAAGAAGAACGGGCCGUGUGUUGGAGCGCAAGGGACAAAUAUUGGGAAUGUUUGGAUAAAGGGGCCGAGUCACAGUGUAAAGAAUUUAGGAAACUUUAUGAACAAAGUUGUACAGCACAAUGGGUGAAACAUUUCGAUAGGAAAAGGAGUUAUUUGGCUUUCAAAGAAAAAAUUGAGAAAGAGGGAAUUCCAUCAAAAAUAAUGAAAAAGUCUGCUGUUUUUGAACCGAGAAGAAUUUAUCAUAAAAUAGUGUCUGUUUUUUAACUCGUGUUAUAGAAAAACAAUGUAAAUAAUGUAAAUAAAAAUUAUUUUUAUUAAUAAAAUAAAAGGAACUUAUUCAUACUAACUAAACAUAAUGAAGAUUUUCAGUGGGGGAUCCCCUUUCUAUACUGGGAAACUCAGUAGUAUCAAUAUGCAAGCUUACUAUAUGUUUUCCAGGUAUCAUAACUAAUCCUAGCAUACGCGGAUCUUCGUUCGAAACUGUAGGAUCAGAAGGCAAAUAUUCUGAGCAAGAUCCUAGAAUAAUAUUAGCGUCACGGUCUGUACACAAAAACACUCCAAUCAAAGUCCUGCCAUCAGUCAUUUUGAUUUUCAGGGUUUUGUUUAGCCACGAGCGAAGUUGUAGGGCUCCCGGUGAAGUCUGCGAUACAAAAAGAUCCCAUUUAUUGUAUCGAAUGAAUUAUGUUUUAGCUUACAUUGAUUGGUUUCGGAGUUGUUGGUACUGAGUAAUGGGUCUCUUGUUCGAAUUCGGAAUUUUCUUCUUCGUCGCUUUCGGGAUUGCUGGCAGAUCCAGAUUCGUUGUCGUGCAUUUCUUUCAAGAGUUUCAAACUCGUUUCUAAUCCAAAACUAACAAAUUAUCUUUAAAAAAAUCUGAAAAAAUCAAAGUUUUUGAUUUAGUGAGGUUAUAGUUAAGGGAUGAAGGAUGUUCAAUGUUUAUCGUUCUAGGCUAUGACAAGAGCUGCUUUCCAGUGCCCAAAUUGUUAGAGUAUCAUGCUCCUGGAGUGUAACGCUCUUGAACUGUUCGACAUAAGCAGCACUGGAACGCUUUCGUCUUAUGGCGA